UGGAUAGUAUCCCACCUCUUACUAAAUUUUCAUAAUCUCCCUUCUCCCCUCCCCCCUCCUCACCUGCUGUUGGCUGUUGGAUUCCUGUUUCUCAGUAAAUGGUAAAUUCUUCGCUCACUUGGCUCAGUAUAGGAUAGAUUGCGUGUCCAGGAUGGUGCUGUGAGCUUGUCAGCUAUAUAGUUAAUGAGCGGAGAACUCUCAACACAGAUUUUGCCACGAUAUUCUUAAUCUUAUAAAACAUUCCGUAUUUUAUAAUACAGACAAAAAAAGAAAAGUUUAAAUUUUGUUCCCUCAGUGAAAAUUGUGCUUAUAUGAUGUAAAAGAAUACAUUAGUGAAUCUUGAAUAAGAAAAAGUGCAGGAAGGAAGUGGAGUUGGCGUAACACAGGGAACACAUUUUAAUACAAAGAUACAUCAAGGGAUCAGCAUAAACAAUUAUUCUGUGAAGAAUGUCGUCUUUUAAAGAAUUUCUUCUGUUAGUGACUUUAACGGUACAUGGAACAGUAGCGUAUCCAACACAACAAGAUCAUAUCAGCUUGGGAGCCGGAAUAUGUAAACACAGAUUCCCAACUGCAUCUGAAAUCCCCCAUACGGUUCAGCUAGAGCAGUUAACCGUCUCGGGUAGCCGGGUUACCAGAGAUGCUCAGAAGAAGAUGAAAAUAAAAGUUCUCUACCACGAGAGUGUAAACGAGCUGGAUGAACUGAGAAGGGAUAUUGUUAAACUAAAAGUAGUUCCAGAAGCAGUGAAGCAUUGGGAAAACGUAUUCCAGGUUGUAAAUCCAGGAAAGAGGAUACGGCUGAACCGGAAAUGUGAAAAUAACCAAUAUUUUCUAUCUGCUGAUGAUCCGACUCAGUACUGCAGAAACAAAUGUGUUGAAACAAAGUGUGGAGAAUGGAUUGUACCUGAAGAACAUUUAGAGAGCUGCAGUACUUGUGAUUCUAGUGGAAGGAAUUGUAAAACAGAAAACAAUAAAGGAGAGGGUUUAUCUGAUGUAGAUUUUGUCCUGUAUGUAUCCGCUGUAUCUACAGAACAGUGUAUAGAGAGUAUUGCAGGACAGGCUGAAACUGUUGCGUAUGCUGCUCACUGUCAGCAGGAGGAUGAGCUAGACCGACCUGUGGCCGGUCACACCAAUAUUUGUCCCCAGUCUGUCAAGAAACCGGAGAGAGAUAUAAGAAGUUUAAUCUCUACACUGAAACACGAAUUACUUCAUGCACUUGGCUUUUCCUCCAGUCUUUUUGCAUUCUUCAG